GACUUGAGUUGGGGUUUUUCCUCAGUCUCGGCAUGCCAGAAUAAACAAUAAUAAAAGCUUAAUCCCAGAGCGGUGCGGGCAGAUUAUCGUUGAGUGCGGACAUGGAGCAGCAGCAGGAGCCCGGGCCGGCCAAACGGACCAGCUCAGAGCAGAGGAAGGUGCGUUCCCGUGAUGCGGCCAGAUGUAGGCGGAGCCAGGAGACGGAGGUGUUUUACGAGCUCGCCCAGACUCUGCCCCUCCCGCGCCGAGUCUCCGCCCACCUGGACAAAGCUGCCAUCAUGAGAGUCACCCUGAGCUUCCUGCGGAUGCACCAGCUCCUGCGGGCCGGCGAGAAGCAGAAGGAGGAGGCCAUCGAGGAGGAGGAAGAUCCAAUGGAUGCUUUCUACCCGCGAGCGCUGGCCGGCUUCAUCAUGGUGAUGACGGAGGAGGGAGACAUGAUCUACCUGUCGGACGGCGUCAGCAAACACAUCGGCAUCACACAGCUGGAGCUUCUGGGUCAGAGUGUGUUUGACUUUGUUCACCCGUGUGACCAGGAGGAGCUGCGGGACCUGCUGACACCACGGCCAGGCUUUAGUAAGAAGCUGCAGACGGGGCAGCAGAGCGAGAGGAACUUCUUCCUGCGGAUGAAGAGCACUCUGACCAGCAGGGGGCGCACCGUCAACAUCAAGUCUGCCACGUGGAAGGUUCUUCACUGUACGGGUUACGUCCGUCCCCUCAGCAGUGGUGGCAGCUCCAUGUCGCCCCCUGCAGGCAGUGUGAUGACGCUGCUGUGCGAGCCCAUCCCUCACCCGUCCAGCGUGGAGUUUCCCCUGGACACCAGCACCUUCCUGACCCGCCACAGCAUGGACCUGCGCUUCACACACUGCGAGGGCAGGGUGACAGAGUUGGUUGGAUACGAGCCUGACGAUCUGAUUGGCCGUUCGGCUUACGGGUUUCAUCACGCCCUGGACUCUGACCACGUUAACAAGAGCCUGGACACGCUGCUGUCUAAAGGUCAGGUGUGCACCAGCCACUACCGCUUCCUGGCAAAGAGCGGCGGCUUCGUCUGGGCCGAGACUCAGGCCACCGUCCUGUACAACAGCAAGACGUCGCAGCCCGAGGCCGUCGUCUGCCUCAACUUCAUCCUCAGUUCAGUGGAGCAGCCGGACGUCGUCUUCUCCGUGGAGCAGACUCGCUGCGUCCAGCCGCCUAAAGCCGAGCCUCAGUCCCCCGUGGCGGUGGCAGCAGAGGAUUCUGGGACUUCAGAGUGUGGCGACUCAGACGCUGACAGGACAAAUGGCGAGGCGGUCUCCGGUUCCAGUCAGAGCGAGGACGCCGUAUCAAAACCCGGUGGUGCUGCGGCGCUUUUCCUGCAGCUGAAGGAGAGUCCAGAGGAGCUCCUGCAGUUGGCGCCCGACUCCGGAGACGCCAGCGUCCCACUGACAGACUUUGUGGAGCUGUCGUUCGCCAGCCCUCCCGGCCCCGAUGCCGUGCCCGACUGCCCACAGGACCUGUGCACUCCAGAGCUGCGGCAGCUGCUCUCCCCCAUCUUCGACACUCCACCUGCAUCGUCACCAUCACCAUCAUCAUCAUCACUAUCAUCAUCAUCCUCAGCAGCAGCAGCAGCCUCACCAGAUCCAGAGGCAGCACCGAGCCCCAGUGUGGACGACCUGAUGGACACCGACAUCGUGGAGAAGUUCUUCGCCGUCUAUCCAGAAGACGGCUGGAAGAAAGAGAAAGAGACACAGGAGGACAAGGAGGCCGUGGAUCUGGACAUGUUGGCUCCUUACAUCUCCAUGGACGACGACUUCCAGCUGACCUUCCUCAGCAACCUGCCAGAGAGCGCUGACUUACCUUCCUCCUCCUCCCCUUCCUCCUCCUCCUCCUCGCCCGACCCGUCCACCGCCACGCCCCAUGUCGCGCUCAGCAGGAAGCGGAAUCACAGCCCAGAUGAAGAAGUGCCGUCCAAGCUGGUGAUUCAGGACAAGAGACAGAAACACGAGGCUUCCUCUAUAGAAGAGGAGCUCCUUCUCAGCCAGAGAUUACUGGGCUGCCUGGAGGAAACUGACCAAUCAGAUCUGGAGUUUGACCCGGGGCAGAGGAGGCGGAGUCAGCUGCUGACGGACAGAGAUCCUGUUUUAGGAGGCAUCCAGGGACUCUGUGACACAGCAGCUCUGAUGAGAGAUGUGUUCAUGUCCCGCCCACCUGACCUGUCACCACUCUCGCCUCUGACUUGAUGGACCUGCCAAUCAAGCUUCAGCUCGACCUCUUCACUCGAAGGAAGUCAGCGCAGGAUUCUCAAACACCACAACCUGAACGCACACACACACACACACACACACACACACACACACACACACACACACACACACAGUCUCAAACAAGAUGUACGCACAUGAAAUUAGACUCACACGCACAUAUUUCAAAAUGCUGCGAAAGCCUCAUUGCAGGGUCAAAGGUCACACCGAACCAUGCCAGGCCGGCUCUUUAAAGGUGCCGAGUGUGGGAUUUUCUCUUCCAUGAAUCACUGUGAAACAAGACGUGGUGAUGUUUAAGCUGCCGCCACCCGGCCGCCUCCUCCUCUUCCUCUGGCCUUCAUCACUGAUGUGAGACCUGGCUGGGAGCUCGUGCUGCUGCUCAGCCACAGGCGGUGCUAAUGUUUUCUACACCAAAUGUGAGACAGAAAAUCCUACAUGGUUCCCACUGAGGGAAAUAUCGGUGCUUGGUAAACAGAUCUGGGUCCAGUAAUGUUGAGUGUUUGUUUUAGCCUUCUUUGAAUACCUGAUGGGUGGGGUUUGCCAUUUAAGAGCAUUUUAAAGCAUUAGAGUUAUUAAUCAACACUUGACUUUGGUGUGAUUACAUAUAUUUCCGACAGACUGUGCAUUAUCCAGUGUGGCAGACUCCACCCACCUGGCGCUCCAGGUGGAUUAAAACAAGCCCUAAGAGCUGUUUCCAGCUGUGUAGUAAACCCUGGACUCCGAUCAGCAGUGUGAGUAUGGCUGCCAAACGCACACCACUCAACGCUGAGAGAGAUUAUUCUGAUUUUUACCUCAAGACAUUCAGUGGCAUGAAUUUGAUGUUUUGAUGCAGAGGAUCAGCCCACACUUAAGAUCCAAACUAACAGCAAGAAGUGAACAUUUUUACCUUUACAAAGAGAAUCUCCAAAGCAGCGGAAACACUUUCAAAACGUACACACACACACACACACACCCGUAUCUGCUUUAAUCCAAGCAGGCAGAUUUUUAGCAGAACUACAAAGUGACGUCAGUCAGACGCAGCGAUCAGAGAUCAGAGUUUCUCAUUAAGUGUCAGCAGUUUCAGGGAUCUGGAUGCUGCAAAACCAGAUCAGCUCUGUGAUCCACAUCAGCCUGCGACUCGUACACUGAGGUUUGUGCCUGAAUCCUGACAAAUGUCAGUGUGGAAAUAUGAUUUCCAAGGCCGUAACGCCCAUAUACAUUGAGAGGUACAAGUCCCCCCCAAUGUUCAGGCACUCCAAAAAUGCCCCCCCCCCCCCCCCCCCCCCCCCCCCCAAAAAAAAAUAUUGCUGGAAUAUAUUAGCAAUUCAGUGUUCCCGGGAUAUCUGUCCCCACCAAUGCUGAAAUGGUGGUUUCGGCCCUGAUGAUUUCCAUGCCAAAAAAAAAUGUAAUGACAUUAUUUCAGUGUUCGCAAGGAAAGUUGGAGAGAUAUUUCUGCCUUUAACUGAAAAAUUACUUUACAACUAAAACAUUACAGAGACAACAAGACAAGACAACAUGAGUGGCUGCUGUCUGAUAUUUAAUUAAAUCAACAGUCCAACCGUAAUCCCUCACUGCGGCGAGACAGUCCUGAGACUUAAUGUGAUCAUUUCAAAACGGAAGCUUUCUCUUGUGUUUGCAUCUUGGCCUCGACCUGCAUCACCACUGCAGAAGGUCCAACAAAAAUCAAGCUCUGCGUUGCAAACAUGAGUAAAAUCCAAGUGUGUUCAGCUUUCCAGCUUCCAGUUUUUUUUAAAUAUUAAGUCUGACUAAAUGUACUUAUUUUCUGUAUUAUUAGUUUCCCUCCUUACAUCAAACAAGCAUUAGAAAUUAUUUGCAGAUACAAUGUGAGGAAAGAAGAACCAUCGUAGAGAAUCUGAAAAAGUCUGUGCAGAUGUGAAAGGUGGAAAUGAUGAUCAAUUUGAACUUAAUGCAAAAAAAAAAAAAGGAAAAUCCAGGUAGCCAGGCC